AUGAUUUUGCGGAGCGUUUACCUUCUGGCGACUGCCCUCCUAUCCUUCACCCUGGCCGACAUUCAGGUCACUGGACCGGUCGCAGGAGAUACCAUCACUGGUCUCUCCCUCGACAUAGAGUGGAAAGAUUCCGGAAACUCCCCUCCGAUUUCAGACCUUACAUCGUACCAAGUGUUUUUGUGCGCCGGUGGAAAUUCCGAUUCGAACUUUAUUCAACUGGGAACGCUUGUACAAAAUGGCGAUUUUGCAGAUGGCAAUUCCGUCACCGCGCAAAUUCAGGCUGGUUGGGGUGCGGAUGUGACAAACGCAUACUUCUUGAAGUUCAUAUCUACGGCAACAGGAGGCACAGUGAUCAACUAUUCAGAUCGUUUCUCAUUGAAGAGCAUGACUGGUACAUUCCCGCCGUCGGUGACCCAAGGUCUCAGAACCGUAUCUGGGACUGCUGGACCAGAAGAUGUCAAUAAUAUCCAAGCACCACAAGCAGAGGACGCUCAAGGGGCUACCUCUUCGGCAGGGGGGGAUUACGAUGUCCCAUAUACCCUGCAAACAGGAACGAUUCGUUAUGCUCCCAUGCCACCUAUGGCUCAAUCCAAGAUCACUGCCAAAAAUGCUUCUCCUCAAUGGCCGACUAGUGCAUACACGGUGUACACGGCGGUCGCCGGAACACCCAACGCGAUCACCACCCAAACAGCAUCUCUCACAUUUAGUGUUUCCAGCAGAGAGGCGACUGUUGCUGCGGCCGGUCAGCCCACUGAUGCUGCUUUGCAAAAAUUCUUGAACCGGUGGAAAGAUUAA